CGUAAGCUGUACGUCACGCUUCCGUUGAUCAUUAGCACCGUAACAUGGUAGCUAGUGUAUAAACAAUGCUUGUUUGGGUGUAAUGUAACAUUUAUCUGAUAUUAUUGUACUAAAUAUCGCAACUUCCGGUUCACGCGGACUUUAAAGCUUGUAACAUCGAGCAUCAUGGAAACGGAAAACCGAUCCAAAAAGAGAAACUAUUCAGAGAAGUCUGGAUCAGAAGGCUCAGAAGAUGAUGACUAUGUGCCGUAUGUUCCUGUUAAGAUCAGAAAACAGCAGAUGCUCCAGAAGGUGAAGCGUUUUCGUGGGAAAGGGCUCGCAGUGGAGGAACAGAAAGAUAGUGGUGGAGAGCAAAAAGAUGAGGAUGAGGGUCUGGGUCCCCGAUCCAAUGUCAGUCUGCUGGACCAGCACCAACACCUCAAGGAGAAAGCUGAAGCUCGAAAGGAGUCUGCCAAGGAGAAACAGUUGAAAGAGGAAGAAAAGAUUCUGGAGAGUGUGGCUGAAGGCAGAGCUCUAAUGUCUGUGAAGGAAAUGGCCAAAGGUAUCACUUAUGAAGACCCAAUAAAAACAAGCUGGAAUGUGCCUCGUUACAUUCUUGGCAUGCCGGCAGCGCGGCACGAACGUGUACGGAAGAAGUACCAUAUUCUUGUUGAAGGUGAAGGCAUUCCACCACCCAUUAAGAGCUUCAGAGAGAUGAAGUUUCCUCAGGCCAUCCUGAAAGGACUGAAGAAAAAAGGAAUCGUUCGCCCGACACCCAUUCAGAUUCAGGGAAUACCAACCGUUCUCUCUGGCAGGGACAUGAUUGGCAUUGCCUUUACCGGCUCAGGGAAAACCCUGGUUUUCACGCUGCCCAUCAUUAUGUUUUGUCUGGAGCAGGAGAAACGGCUACCCUUCUGUAAGAGAGAGGGACCCUACGGCCUCAUCAUCUGUCCUUCUAGGGAGCUGGCGAGACAGACACAUAGUAUCAUUGAACACUACUGUAAACUCCUAGAGGAUGAAGGGGCUCCGCAGUUGCGCUGUGCUCUGUGUAUUGGGGGCAUGUCUGUCAAAGAACAGAUGGAGGUGGUAAAAAACGGGGUGCACAUGAUGGUGGCCACUCCAGGCAGACUGAUGGACCUGCUGAACAAGAAGAUGGUGAGUCUGGAUAUCUGCCGCUAUCUGGCUCUGGACGAGGCUGAUAGGAUGAUUGACAUGGGUUUUGAGGAGGACAUCAGGACCAUCUUCUCUUACUUUAAGGGUCAGAGACAAACGUUGCUUUUCAGUGCCACUAUGCCCAAGAAGAUCCAGAACUUUGCCAAAAGUGCUUUAGUAAAACCCAUCACCAUUAAUGUGGGCAGAGCUGGAGCUGCAAGUUUGGACGUCAUCCAGGAAGUGGAAUAUGUCAAAGAGGAGGCCAAAAUGGUUUAUCUCCUGGAGUGUCUCCAGAAGACCCCGCCGCCAGUAUUAAUAUUUGCUGAGAAGAAAGCAGAUGUAGAUGCCAUACACGAGUAUCUUCUGCUGAAAGGUGUUGAGGCGGUGGCUAUUCACGGAGGAAAAGACCAGGAGGAGAGAACGAAAGCCAUUGAGGCGUUCAAAGAGGAAAAGAAAGAUGUUUUAGUGGCUACUGAUGUUGCUUCGAAGGGUUUGGAUUUUCCUGCCAUCCAGCAUGUUGUGAAUUAUGACAUGCCAGAGGAGAUUGAGAACUAUGUCCACAGAAUAGGCAGAACAGGUCGAUCUGGAAAGACUGGAGUUGCCACAACAUUUAUCAACAAAGGAUGUGAUGAGUCUGUACUAAUGGAUCUGAAAGCUUUGUUGGUUGAAGCCAAGCAGAAGGUUCCUCCUGUGCUGCAGGUUCUCCAAACGGGAGACGAGACGAUGCUGGAUAUUGGAGGAGAGAGAGGCUGUACGUUUUGUGGUGGUUUGGGCCACAGGAUCACAGACUGUCCCAAACUGGAGGCCAUGCAGACAAAACAGGUCACCAACAUUGGCCGCAAGGACUAUCUGGCCAACAGCUCCAUGGAUUUUUAAUGCUGUUUGCUACUUUGCCAUCAGAUCUUUCCUUGAGAGAGGCUCCUGUGUCGUGUCUUGCGUCAUUUUGUACAAAAUGUAUUAUUCUUGGAACUGUACAUUUGUUUAUUAAUUUCAGUGAAACUAUUUCUUGUUUGUUGCAAAAUGCAGUCAAAAAGCUUUGUGUAAGAAAAAAUGUUAAAGUUAGGAUUUCCUAGAAUUUUCAGUAGGUUUUGCUUCAUAAUGACAUUGUCAUGUAUUAAUGUAACAGCUGAAUUGUUACAGUAUUUGUCUGAAACCCACUCAGGCAUGUUUUUGCCAGUUAAUUGUUUUUUUUUUUGCUACACAUCCAGUGUAAAUAAAUGGUCCGCUUAUGCGCCCUCUUUAUUUUAUGAUGCAAACUGCAAUAAAAUUCUUCUCUGACAUUGUAUCUCUUGUUACAUCUCUGCUAUUUCCUGUUUACAACCAAGCUUGGGUGAUUGUUAAUAAAGGAACACGUCAAGGUAAAGUUUUCAACGUUGGAGGAAAUGAGGGGGGACCAUUUUUAGCCGCUUGCUGGUGAAU